AUGUCGACAGACAAAGUUGGCAAUCGUAAGGAUGGCUCAUCAUAUACACAAAUUGCCUGUAUCGGUAGUGGGCUCUCAGGUGUAGCGUUGGGCGCAACGCUGAAGAGAUGGUACAACUUCGAUGACAUCCGAUUCUUUGACCGUAAUGCCGGCAGUGGAGGGACGUGGUGGGCAAAUGGAUAUCCCGGCUGCGCAUGUGAUAUCCCCAGUGCCCUUUACAGCUUCUCGUUUCAUUUAAACCCCAAUUGGACCCAGACAAUGCCCCCAAGCGAAGAAAUCAAAGCAUACAAUGAGAGCGUCCUUGAGAAAUAUUCCCUGGGGGAAAAAAUGGUCUUCUCGACCGAGGUCACCCACUGCGAAUGGAAUGAGGAGACGAGCCUUUGGACAAUGCAUCUCCAAAACCUCCAAACGGGAGAAAAGUAUACUCAUAAAUGUCAGAUACUAUUCAACGCUGGAGGCCUUCUUUCUGUGCCUCGCAAAUGCGAUAUCCCUGGCAGCGAGAAAUUCAAUGGUCAUAUCUUUCACUCAGCACAGUGGGAUGCCUUUGUGAGUUUGAAGGACAAGAAUGUAAUCGUUAUCGGGAAUGGCUGCACUGGAGCUCAAAUAGUUCCUGCAAUUUUGCCUGAGGUGAAGCACCUCACUCACAUUAUCAGGUCAAAACAUUGGAUAUAUCCAGCUGCGAAUCCCCCUUAUCCUCCAUUUCUUAGGUGGAUAUUCCAGAAUAUUCCCCUUGCCUUGCGGCUACACAGAAUUCAUCUCUUUCUAUUAAUCGAGCGCAGUUUGACUUUAUUUAAAAUGUCCAAGAAAGGAACCUUGAUGCGGCAAGAAAGACAGGUGAAGUCAGAAAGGUUCAUGCGCAAACACGCACCAGCAAAAUACCACGAUCUUCUCAUUCCUGACUUCGAUUUCGGUUGCAAGCGCCGAAUUUUCGACGUCGGUGGAUAUCUAAAAUCCUUAAACGCAGAAAACAUCACAUUAACCGAUGAAAAGCCAUUAGAAAUUCUCCCCGAUGGCAUAAGGACUAAAAAUGGCGUCAUAAAAGCUGACGUUAUUGUGCUAGCUACUGGUUUUGAGACCAAAUUCCUGCACUCCAUGGAUGUCAUUGGGAGAGAUGGGCAGAGUGUCAGGGAACGCUGGGACAAAUACCCGGGCCCAACGGCUUACAACAGUUCCGUGUUGAGUGGUUUCCCCAACUUUUUCAUGUUGUUAGGCCCUAAUUCGGCAACGGGAUACACAUCUGCUCUCAUUGCGUCGGAGAAUACAAUAAAUUACGCUUUGCGUAUCCUGAAACCAAUUCUCACGGGAAAAGCCACAUCGGUCGAUAUUAAGCAGCAGGCGGAGAAAUCGUACGCUGACAAAGUACAGGCUGCUCUGAAGGAGACUGUUUUCAAUGCCGGAGGUUGCCAGUCGUGGUAUAUCCAAAAAAGCAAGUGGAAUGCAACAAUAUAUCCCUGGUCACAGGCAGGUACGAUUGGCACCCUACCAAAACGCAGAAGUAAUAAGAAACUAAUGUCCGUCGGGCUCAACAGUGGAAAUCAAGGCAGCCCUCCCGGAGGAAAGGAAAAACUAUAG